AUGGCCGAGCUGCCCCCAUCUUAUAACUGUGAGCUUUUCCAGAACAUUUUUUGUAAAGAUCGUUUGACUGGAGCUAUAUUUUUUUUCUUAAAUCCGCCGAAACAUGAAACAAUCAACGAGUUAAGAGCGCUUGAGGUUGCAGUGAAAGAGUGAAAUAUAUUGUCUUUAUAUUUUUUUUCAUGAAAAAGCGUGGAUAUUCACAGCUGCGCCAUUUUUUUGAAGUUUGUCCUCUGAUUUUGUCUCUGUUGCUAUAGCGAAAAUUUUCACCUUAUCAGAAAAAACUUUUCCAUUUCAAAAUGAAAAGAAAGAGAAUACCAACUAACUUUUCUGAAACUUAGAGAAACAGAUGUUUUCCAAAGUUUCAAGCAGAUGCAAGCGUUUACCGUUUUGCCAUUUCUGACGAUUUCAGCUGUAUCUGAGCAAAAGAAUUUCGGGAUGCAGCAACCAGCUUACAAUCCUCAAUUCGGGCCUGUACUCUCUCCGAACAAUCUUCCUCAGGGCGAUAUGAAUGGUCAAACAGGCAAGAAAUCUGGAAAUCACUUUCAAAAAAGCUUUUGAAGUCGAUUUUUUUAUGUUCAACUAUGAUAUUUCUUCGUAUUUUUGAUCACGUUUUGAUUUUUAGAAACCUAUAAAAGGCUUCUUCCAAGAUCAAGCACAUACAAAUUUGAAAAAUUAAUACGCGACCUUUUAUUGAAGUUAUCUUAAGGAUACACUCCUCAACCGCAAAUAACAACAAUUAUCGUUGGUACUGUACCAUUGGGAUCGGCACCCAUGCGAAUGCAGUGUCCUCAUUGCCAACAACAGGUGUGUUUUCAAAAAUCGAAUUUCGAGUGAAAAAAAGUGGAUAAGUCACUGCGAAAACCUUUUGAGCGUCGAUCCUAUUCCCGUUGGUAGAAAAACAACUAGAAAAAGUUUCACAAAAGAAGUUAAAUCAUGUACAAAAAUUUUUUUCUGUUUUUAUAGAUAAUAACCCAAACGGAAAUGAAGAGUGGGCUUUUGGCGUGGCUUCUCUGCGGGGGCCUCGUCUUGUUUGGGUACUCUUUUCUUGAAAAAUUUAAUUUUUCCUGUGAUUUCAGGUGUUGGCUCUGCUGUUGCAUUCCGUUUUGUAUCAACGCCUGUCAGGUCAGCCCCAAGUUUUUUUCGAUUCAAAAAACGAUCAAUUUCAGGACAUGCACCAUUCUUGUCCAAACUGCCGACGCUACAUCGGCACCUACCGGAGAAUUUGA